AUGAAUAUUUUUAUGUUACCAGGGCAACCACUAGACAGGAAGUAUGAGGUAACAGCUGAAUAUAGUAAAGCAUGCUGUGAUGCAGCAAAGGAUUAUGGGAUUGAUGUGUUGGAUCUUUGGACCUUGAUGCAGAAAGACAAGAAUUGGGCGAUGUAUCUGAGUGAUGGCGUACAUCUGUCUCAGGAAGGAGUUCAGUUUCUUUCCAAACACUUGACAGAUAUGGUGCUCACGCGGACUGACAAUGUGCCGAUGAAAUUCCCAUAUUUCCGUGAUAUCACUAAAGUACCAACAAACAAACAACAACAAUACAUACUGGACAACAAAUAUGUCCACAGCAAAGAGUCCAACUUGAAAUGUCUUAUACUAUAA